AUGCCCGUGCCGGGAGGGAAAGAGGAAAAAGGAAAGCCGGGGAGAAAGCGGAGGGGGGAGGAAAGAAGGGAGGACCAGGGAAACUUCCUCCUGCUGGAGCGGUCGGUGACGCUGGGGGGCUCGGGCGAGGUGGACCGCUUGGUGGCCCAGAUCGGCGAGACGCUGCAGCUGGACGCGGGGCAGGACAGCCCGGCUUCCCUGUGCGCGCCCCCCGGGCCGCCGCUGCAGCCCCCGCGGCCCCCGGCGGCGGUGCUGGCGGAUAAGGCCCGGCCCCCCCAGCUUGGUGCUCUCCCGGGAACCUCAUCCAGGAAGGCGUGCGGAGGCUUUCAUUCGCGACGGUUGCAGCUGCACGCAAAACUUCCGCAACGCCCGCUCCUGAGGCCGCCGACGGCUGCAGGGCACAAGCCCCCUUCGCCCCGCAGCCCGCGCGCGGCCUGCAGCAACCCUGGCGCGACGGGAAGGAGAGCGCAGCUCCGAUCUGGCGACGGCGUCCUGGUGCCUGGCAGCUAAUGCCCGGGGAGUGGUCACUGGGCCAGCCUUUGCCCGGAGGACAGGGGGUCCCCCCUGAGGGCUGCAUCUCUCAUCAGACUGGUGAACUCGCGCUUUUGGAAGCGGGAAAAUAAGCUAAUCAAGACGAGGCAUCGAAAAGUCGCGAAUGUGUUCGUGGGGAACUGAGGUCAGGGCCCUGUUAAAAAACGGGACUCGGUUGGCCCUAUUUCAGGCAGGUUACAGAACGCACCCCAAGCUCACAGUCCGUUGGACUUUUUAUUUUGGGGGUGACCAUUCUUGGAGGCACCGCGUGCAGAUCCAUGCAGACCUCCCCUGACCCGCCAUCCCAGCGACUCUGUGGCCACAGUUCAUGCAUCUCAGGAUCGCCUCUCGCCCUAAGGAUGAGGAUGAUCCCAGUGACUUGUUUUACCUUUUCAGGGUUGGCUCCUGAUUCACUUUGGGGGGAGGGGAACAUGAAUAGACGAUCAUUUCAGGGAGUACCUCAAGCUGCCAGACUUGAAAAUUUAUCACAUUUAAAAGACAAAACAUUUUCUGUCUGUUGGGGUGCUGAUUCUUAAAACACACGGUACCAUGAAAGGGCCUUUUCUCUGCCCCCGCUUUGCAGCUGGCUGCGUUCCCCGAGUGGAAGGGAAAGCCGCGAUGUGCCCAGGGUGGGGAUGGAUAGGAGGUGGAGGCAGGUGGUGAAGUGCCGGAGUCUCCUGAGGACAAGCGCACCGCCGCCACCGCGGGUGUAGGGAGGCGGGGACGCGGGCACCGGAGCCUCCCGCGGGCCCGCCGCAAGCCUGGCUUUUAUGGAAACUGUCCAGAGACGUGGCCUCGGGCCCUCCUCUCCCCCUCAGCUCUGCUGUCCUAUUCGAGAGGGCCAUACUGGUGCUCCCGGGGGCCCGGGCUGGGGGCUGGGAGACGCCACGUGACAGGCACUCCAGGGACACUCAGCCUCACACAGCAGCUUAUAAUGGGCUCUCUGGGGCCAUUUGUAAUAACAGCUGCAAUUCCCUGGGUAGAUGGAGUUGAUUUCCUCCCUCUGCCCCUCCCCCAGCCAUGCCAGAUCGCUUUUGUAAGUGAAGGAAACGGCGUAGAAAAUGUGACCCUCCAAAUGGAGAAGCUGCAGGCUUUGCCAGUGUGAACCGUGAUGAAAUGUUUGUAACGUACUGUUCACUCACUCUGAGGGAUUUAAGACUGUUUAGCUGGUGUUUUAGUUUUGUAAGAUUCAAUGGCUGGUUCAUCAUCCAGGUGAGGCUGUUGACAUAUCUACACUUCGCACCGGAGUGUCUGGAAUUGUCGCUAUCCUGAUUAUAGGAUUUUAACUUAACUGAAAUAUCUAUUUGUAAUAAAUGUGUUGCAUUUCU